GACGCGUGGGUCGAGCGGCUACCGGCCCUCUACAACCCUGGGCCUCACGUCACGGUGGAUGAGCAACUGGUCCCAUUCAGAGGCCGUUGCUCCUUUCGACAGUAUAUGCCGAACAAGCCUGCCAGGUACGGGAUCAAGGUGUGGGUGGCCUGCGACGCCAGAUCCAGCUACGCUUGGAAAAUGCAACUUUACACGGGGAAGAAGCCCGAAGCCCGCCGCUGGAAGAGGAGGAGAAGAAGGGGGGGAGAAGGGAAAAGGACGAGGAGGCUCACAGAAGAAUCAGGCGACGCGCGUGGUGCUCGACGUAACGGAGGGCCUGACGGGUCGCAACAUCACCUGCGACAAUUUCUUCACUUCCUACAAACUCGCGCAGCGGCUCCUCCUCGAAAGGAACGACACCUUGCUCGGCACGAUCAGAAAGAACAAACCCGAGCUACCGGACGCCCUGCUCGCGCUCCGAGGGAGACGGGUCCUCUCCUCCAAGUUCGCCUUCACGUGCGACACCGCGCUGGUCUCCUACCUGGCCAAGAAAAACAAGAACGUGUUGCUGCUCAGCACGUUCCACGCGCGGACCGCGGACGUCGUAGGCCCGCGGCGGUGGUGGCGUGCCGAUAAGAAGCCCGCCAUCGUUCUGGACUACAACUCCAACAAAGGCGGCGUGGACAACCUGGACAAAGUCGUCGCCACCUACAGCUGCAGGAGAAUGACGGCGCGCUGGCCCCCUCCUCCCGGUGCUCGUCCUCGGAGCGUGGGUCGGUUUGAACCGGCGCGAGAGGACACCGGGUGUGCGCGGAACGGGAAGGGGCGACAGGAGGGAUGUGUAUGUGGAGGCUGUACGCUCCUGCGCUGCCCCGCGUGUGCCAACUCCUCCGGCCGCUCGUCCUCGGAGCCGUGGGUCGGUUUGACCCGGCGCAAGAGGAUGCCGGGUGUGUACGGGACAGGAAGGGCGACAGGAGGGAUAUAUACAUAUAUAUCAACGUAUUUAUGGUUCUCAAGAAAUAAUAAGCAAUCUGCCCGUUCAAAACACGCCUGUUUGGAACGAGCACUAGUACAAAGAAGAUGAAGAAAAAGAUCAGGAACUUAUCCUUAAUCGAUGAUGUUCCACAGCAAUAAGGAUUCUGUCCCUCAGAUUUGGAUGUGACAUCUCUCUUCAUCCCAAAUCUCAGUGAGAUUGUGUCUUCAGCUCAUCAAAACUGUCAACUUGAUCCACAAAAUGACUUUGAGAAGAAAACCUUUGACAGCUGCAACUUUGUUGGAAGUCGAGUUAAAACAGAUUGUACAGAGUUCAG